AUGCAAAGUAUUCGCAACAAGUUCUCCAAUAGCACAACAGGAGUCUCUCCAAGUACUAGUAGCGGAAUAAUGAAGAAAAAAGGACAAGUUUGCGUCUCUUUUGCGAUGAUGUUCAUGCUAGGCUUCAACAUCGCCGCGACCGGUGCCAAGUGAGUCCCGGUAGCUGAGACUCGAUUCGGUCAGAGCCGAGCUGACGCGCGCGCCAUGUAUUUUCCGAGCCAAUAGUGUUCCCUCCAUCAGCGCGAGUUUCCACGUGGCGUACAGUGUCAUCUCAAUGUUUUUCUUGUCCUACGUGACUGGGUAAGUUUGGAGCACUCUCAUGAGCGAAAAGAAACGCGCCUCUGACCACAAUCACCUCUCGCGCGGCGUCCCAUGCAGAUUCAUCACCACUUGCGUCGCGUCCUCUUACGUCGCCCGCGAAUUUGGGGUCCGCGCCACCCUGGCUGGUGCCAACAUCCUGUGGAUAUUUGGAUGCCUCAUCUUUCUGCUUCAAACCUCGUUCGGCGCCUGUGUGCUCGCCUUGACUUGCCUCGGGCUCGGAAGUGGCUUGUUCGAGCCGACGAUCGUGACCGUGGUUACGCAGCAAAGCACUCCAGGUCGGUCUCUGCAUUCGAGCCUAGUUCAUAUGAUUUGAGAAUAAAACAAUAUGGGUGUUAUGGGGGACUUGCAGUGGUUCUGUCUUUCCUGUACAGCAGCUUCGCCAUCGGUGCCGGAAUUUCCCCGCUCAUCAUCGGAGGCUUUGCCGAGCGCUCGAUCCCCUGGACAAAUUUUUACUACUUUCCGGUCACGAUCUGCUCGGUGCUUGCGGCGCUCUGCCACAUCGUCUUUCAAGGCUAUGAGGAGAAGUUGGGUCAAGACCACGCACCGUCGGCGCACCGAAUGGCGACCUUUUCUUCCACAUACCCCGGCGAUUCCACGACGAAGUUCGGGCGACGUGCCUCGUUUGGAUCGUCGGUCAUGUCUGCGCCGAGCCGGUUCGCCGGGCUCGAGAUAGACCGCAACUGCGUUGCAGGGGGACACAAAUCAGACAUUUCGGCAAUGGGCCGCAUCGGUAGAGUGCUGCGCCUCCGCGUCGCGUGGAUCGGCUUCUUUCUCGUCAACCUGUCGCUCGCGACGGGCGAGCUCCUCGGCGGAUGGGGCACAACCUACUUUCUCGUUUUCAAGGAGGCUCCUCCAGGCUCCUCCAGGUUCAUCCAAUGCGGAUGGUGGUUUGGUGAGUGACUCGCCAAACCUCGGGGAUGUCUAGUACCGAGGCUGACACUGAGUCAGCACCCAACCUCUUCUGUGGCACAGGCAUGGCUUUGGGUCGCUUGGUCCUACCCAUUCUUUCACCUCGAGUUUUGGGAGAGCGUCUCUUCGCGAUCGUCCUGCUCGCCUUUGCCUCGUGCAUGAUCACCGUUAUCGGCGCCGUGCAUUCGUACAAGAGCGACGCCGUUGCUCUCGCCUUCUACGGCUUUGCGUACGGCCCCAUCGUUCCUCACAUCCUCUCAAUGGUCAGCUCUCGGGUGUCCACGGACCUGACAAGCACCGUGAUCUCCCUUACUCUCGGUGUGGGGGUGCUCGGUGGCGCGGCCGCCCCGAUCCUCUUUGGUGCCAUCGCGGUCGAUCAUGGUAUGUUGAGCGUGUUCCCCACUUGCUUGAUUGCGGGCACGUUGCUCGGCGUUUUCGGGUGGCUCUUGGUUCCGGAUCACGAGGACGAGCUUAAAUCGACCUUUCACUAG